AGGAUCUUUCGGAUUCACUUUUGAAAGCGCGGACCUGUUUUGUUUUCCCUGAAAGUGCCACUGUACAGACAGGAUUAGAAAGACUGCUUGCGCCACACUCAUCAGGCUGAUUGGACACGCAAUCGUUAAAUGGCACACCAUUUUUGGGAUGAUGUGGCUGUGGUUCUGCUCAAGGAGGUCAAGAAUACUUGUGCCUGGAUCAAAAUGGGGACUAAUUACAACAGACGCCCCUUGGAUAUCAGUGCUUUCUUAUCAUCUCAACCUGUAUUUUCAUUUGAAUAACUUUUCUUCCUGAAAGACCCAGCAAUUAAACCCAUUUUGAAAAUGAUUGGAUACACCAAGAGUUUGACAGUACACGUGGACCGACGAGAUGAAAAAUUGUGAUCCAUGGCAGAGUAAUAGCGUUAAUGUUCCCAAGUGAUGCUGAUAAAUGGAUGCUGACUCACCAUGGGUCACAGAUGCCAUGCGUCAUUGUAUGGCGCGGGGAAAAGAACGAGCAACCUUAAACUUUAAAAUGUAAAGCCUUAAAACUGUAAUGAAACCACUGACUUAUAGCUAAGUCAACCUAGUGCUCAAAGUCAUAGUAACAUACACUAAAUAUGUGUAUAAAAUGAAUAUAAAUGGGGAUAAAUGUCCUUAAUGUAACUUUGCAUGUCACAGAGCUAUUAAACUGUGGAAGUUACUUUUAAAAUACAACAAAAUUUUUCCAUCACAUUAUCAUUCCUUCCAUAAAUGUAACAUUACAAGUUCUAAAACUAGCCCCAAAACAGCACUAACUGUAUUUUACCUUAAAAUGAAUGUCAUGUUGCAGGUUAUAAACCACACCUUUGGAAUUUUCUCUUGACUGAAACCUCAAAACCCAAAUGUCUCUUUCCUUCUCCACAAUUUAAUACAUUGGUGGAACUUGAUUAAUGGUGAAUUUCAUGUGAACUUGUCCUUUAGUUGAGAUAAAGACUAUUUCCGGACCUUUCCUAACUAGAUUUUUUUUAAUGGAAAAAUCUUUUGACUUCAAUCAAUUGACAAAGACCAGCUGAAUACAUUCAUAAUUUUCCUCAAAUGUGUUUAUUGACUCCACUGUCUAAGAUCGCAUCUUUACACUUUCUGGGAUGGCACGAUUAUAUUAAACUGAAGUCACCUCUUCACAUAACAUGGCAGUGACUCAUCUUGAGCUGGAGCUUUGCUACCAGGGGAAUAAGUUACGUGGUGUGACCUGGAAGCUGACGUACUCGGAACAUGGUUUUCUACCUGAGAGUGCUUGGCGCAUUGCGCUGCAGGUCGUGGUACCAUUCCUGGUGUCAGGGCUCGGACUGGUCUUCGCUGGCGUCGUCAUGGACCUGAUACAACACUGGGAUGUGUUCAAGGUCAUUACAGAGGUGUUUAUCCUGGUACCUGCACUGGUUGGACUCAAAGGAAACCUGGAGAUGACCCUGGCUGCUCGCCUCUCCACUGCGGCCAAUACAGGACAAAUGGAUGACCCAAAUAAACAGUGGGCCAUGGUGUGCUCCAAUCUUGCACUAAUACAGGUUCAGGCCACUGUUGUGGGGUUCCUUGCGGCUGUUGCAGCUGUGUGUUUAGGAGCAAUUUCCAGAGGGGGGGUUGACUUUAACCAGGCAGCUGUUCUGUGCGCUAGUAGCAUCGUCACCGCAUUUGUAGCUGCUCUCUCUUUAGGCUUGUUGAUGAUUGGAGUGAUCGUCGGGUCCAGGAAGGUAGGAAUCAACCCGGAUAAUGUGGCCACCCCUAUCGCUGCCAGUUUGGGUGAUUUGAUCACCCUUUCGCUGCUGGCUGGAGUUAGCAGUACCCUCUAUAAACAUAUAGCUACUUGGUACCUUUCUCCCUUGGUGUGUUUGGUUUUCCUGGCUGUGAUCCCAAUCUGGGUUGUGGUGGCCCGACAGAACCCUCAGAGCAGGGAAGUUCUCCGCUCAGGGUGGCAGCCUGUUUUAGUCGCCAUGUGUAUUAGCAGUUUUGGGGGUGUAAUCCUGGACAAGACAGUCAGUAAUUCCAAUUUUGAGGGGAUGGCUGUUUUUACACCUGUUAUAAAUGGAGUUGGAGGAAAUUUAGUAGCCAUCCAGGCCAGCAGACUGUCGACCUACUUGCACCUCUGGAGCAUCCCGGGAGUGUUGCCCUACAAGAUGAGGCAGCACUGGCCUAAUCCCUGCAUGACGUUCUUUUCCUCAGGUUUGAACUCCAAGUCUGCACGGGUGCUGCUGAUGCUGGUCGCACCCGGUCACCUGGUCUUCCUCUACGCAAUCUCUCUCUUGCAGGGAGAUGAGAUAGCAAUCACUUUAGCCUUUGCUGCCUCCUAUUUAUGUGCUGCUCUGCUCCAGGUGGCCAUCUUACUUUAUGCUGCCGACCUCAUCGUUCGUAUGAUGUGGCGACGUUCCCUGGACCCUGACAACUUCUCCAUCCCAUACCUGACGGCUCUGGGAGACCUGCUUGGUACCAGCUUUCUGGCCUUGUGCUACCAUGUGUCAGUAGUUCGCAGUCAGUCACUCUGAAUCUGCUCCUUUUAUUCCCUCUGUUACUUUACAUACGCAGUGAGGGAAAAUAUAAUAAGGAGUCUGUCUCAGACUCAAACACAGAUGGAAAGACUACACUGGGGAAAAUACCUGCAUUUACAGUACAUUUAUGGAUCAAGGAAAUGGGACCUCCCUGUAUUUCAAAGUUUGGAGACGUGUUUUUUCUUACCUUCAUAAUCAUAAAUAAUUUUUUCUUCACUCUUGUCUUUGACACAAAACAAGUUGGGGGUGAUAGGGGUGACCUGGUCAACACUUCAGCUGAGUUUCAUGUGUUUGACCACAUGAUGGGAGCACUUCAACUGUGAGUAUGAAUUCAUCAAACCGCUAUGAGUGAACGCUCACUAUGCAGCAUAUCGGCUUGAGGUCAACUCAUGUUGUCAUCUGGAAUCGCUCUUCAAUGUUAUUUAUAUUUGAGAAGAUUUUAAAUGAAGGGAUUAAUGGUGUCAUUUUUUUAUUGUUGUUUUUGUUUUUUUGUCAGUUCUGUUCUUAAGUGUUUGUUGCAUGGAGUUUUCACUUGAGAGCACUUUGAAUCCCUCACCUGUUGGGCUGACAAUAUUAAACCAAACUAUGACAAUAACACCUUUUUACGUGAAUAACUCUAGAAGCAAGUGGUUUGCCUGUUUUUACUCCAAUGUGAUAUUAGCCAUCUGCCAUAUGCUGAAAUCUGUGUUAAUUUUGUCAGGCAACUACUUCAAAUCCAGAAAGUAAGAACCAGUUAAUGGGAGGCUAAAAAUAUCUAAAACGACAAAUGUACUCUUAUCGCUCUCACUCACAAGUCUCUAGAUUUUACAGAGGGGAAUUAUUUUCAAAAAGAAGUAAAAAGUAUUUUUUACCUCAGGGUUUGUACCACAAACUCAUUCUCAAAGUGUUAAUAUUCUGACAAAACUUAGACACAGACAUUCUCACAUGAAUCAACGUUAUAUAUGACAUGUUUCUUAUGUAAAUAGAGAAAAAAUGUGCUGGCUAAGUUAUAAUUAAGUGUUUGUGCAGAAAGGUAAGUUACAUGUUUCAUAAUGAUACACUGGAAAUACACACAUCCAAACAGCCACACACACAUGCCUAUUUAACCCAGUUAGCUCAGCAUCUGUUGACUAACUCCUUAUGGAUUUUUAACCUAUACUUUAUUUAACAAACAAUGUAGCCUCUAUAGUUUAAACACGUCCAAGUCUUAAAUCCAUUAUUUUUUACUAGAUAUUUGACCAGUAAAACACAGAAAAUACAUAUUAAAAAUGUAAAACAAUAAUCCAAAAAACACAUGUCUCUGUACAUCUUCCAAGAAUCUACUGCAUUCUGUAUUGACAAGAGGCCAAGAAAUGUACAGUUUCCAGUGCAAAAAUACAGGAAAAAAAAUCUGAUUGCAUACUGUACGGCAGAACGGUGGUUAGUGGUUAGUGGUUUGUGCCCUGCAAUUGACCCCUCCGUACAGGGCACUUAACCAUGCCUCCUGAAGUGACGUCACGCCACGUGCGCUGACGUCAAACAAACAAUUGGGAAAAAUAUCGGCGCAGCAAGAAAGGAAUAGAGCGAAACUGUCCGAUUUACCGGCUGAUUUCUCACUCGCAUUCUUAGCUAACAGUGAAAUAUCGUUGAAAAGCAGACAGCAGGGUUCAAGUAUUUCAGCGAGGGGUAUUUCAAUGGUAUUUACAUGCAUAUCGACGGAGAAACCAUUGAUAUUAGCUCGAGAUCUUUCCAGAGUCAGAGGAAGACCAAGAAGCCACAUAAUAUAUUAAAUUAUAACCCAAAGACGAAUUCGUCAUUGACAGUUUCCUAUUUUCAUGUUACAUAUCACACUUGUGUGCAGAAUCUGUAUAUGAAUCUGUAUAGCCGUUUGUGAACCACCGUAUGAAGGAAAAGAAGGCGAGGCUUGAUUUACGAGUUGUUUCUCUCGUUUUCUUUGUGUAACGUCACACUCUCCCCUCAAUAAUUAUUCUUGAAUUAGUGCCGAACCUACGCAAGUCCCGACCGAGUACGACCAUCACUACUUUUGUGUCCUCAAACAUCCUUCCUUCAGUCUUGGUGUCUCGGUGCACGUCGAAAGCUUUUAGGACUGCUAGUCUGGUUUAGCCUAGCUCACCGCCGAACAGACACACGUUUGUGCAGUCAGAUCAUCGCAAAAUAUCGCUCAACACAGAUCAAAUGUGACAAUCAUUCACGCGUAGCUAUAUUAUGCAAGCGAAGAACUGCUAAUUCAUUUAUAUGAGAUAUGUAUUGAAAAUCAAAUAUAGGGCAUACCUUUGUGCUAACACAGUCCAGUUUACCCUCGCCGCGUAGCCGCGAACAAAGCAACACGUUUGUGCAGUCAAGAUCAUCGCAAAAUAUCGAUCAACACAGAUCAAGUGUGUCAAUCAUUCACACGUAGCUACAUUAUGCCAGCGAAGAACUGCUAAUUCAUUUAAGUGAGACAUGUAUUGAAAAUCAAAUAUAGGACUUACCUUCGUGCAAACAUAUCUGUUCCGGUUGAUGGAUUCAGUUGAUCAUGCGGUCUUCCUCAAAGUUUUUUCCAUCAAAGACAUUUUUCGUACUGGGUCUUCGGUUUUGGAAAGGGUACGAAUUGAACUCCACCAAGUAGCCUUUCAGGAUACCUGUCGUCACUAUUAUAAAGUCCGUGACUACACCUCUUAACCAUAUCUAUUGUUAAAGAACCCAAAUACGCGAUAAAACGCCAACAGAAGCUAUACUGGACCAUCCAGCCUGCGUUGUCUGAGAUUUGAGUCCGAGAUUAUGCAGAUCUCUGGCCUCUGAUUGGUCAGUGACUCGGAUUGCGCAGCAUCCACGAAGGGGUCAAUUGGCUGGUAAUCAGUGGAGUGUGUACCCCGCCUCUCGCCCGAAGAGAGCUGGGAGAGCCUCCGGCACGCCCGCGACCCUGGUAAGAAUAAGCGGUACAGAAAAUGGAUGGUCGCUAGCCAAUCGCAGGACACAUAUAGACAACAUUUCAGGCACAUUUACAGCUAUGGACAAUUUAGAAUCUUCUAUUAAUAUACCAUUUUGAGAUGUGUGAUGAAAAGAGAGUACCUCGAGAAAACCCACGCAGUCAUAGGGGAAAUGUGCAAGCUCCAUGCAAACAAGGCUGUAUUUGACCCCGAGACCCCAGAAGUGUGAGACAGAUGUGGUAAAUAGUCAAAGUGCCAUCCACAACCAUGUGAAUGUCAAAUACGUUACCGUUUUUCCUCAAAUAGGUGCCUCCACUUUGUGAGACACGCAUCAAUUAACUGAGUGUCGUACACAACAAUGUAUGAGUAACCAAUAAAUGAAUACCUUAGGAGUUUGCAGUGUUCAAGGUAGUCAAGAUGUCAAUGUACAGGUACCUCACUUCCCUCUGCACCCCCUUGCAUCUCUGCCCAAAGACAGAGAGAUGUGUGUGUGCGUGUGUGUAUAUAUAUAUAUAUAUAUAUAUAUAUAUAUAUAUAUACAGUCUUAACAUGACAAAAUGUGCUGUUUUUGUAGCAAACUCCAUAUUUAUUUCAAAAUAGAACUAUUUUUCUAUAUUCACCGUAAUAUUAAGUAGGUUUUUACCUUAAUUAUUUGACAUAUCACUAUCUAUUUCUGAAAUCUGAAAAUACAUCUUAAUGAUAAUGCAUUGUAUAAAACCUUCCUCUAAAUAAACACCUUACUUCUAAUAGACACCUGGUACUCUGCAGUUUAAACACUGCUUGCCACGAUUUGAGGAAAGACUCUUUUUAUUUCUUUGGCAGUGUGUAAUUAUUGUACCACUGUAUAUGCUCGUAAACAUGCCCACGUGUAUUUAACGUAUGGCAUUAAGGUCUUUUUAUUACAAAUUUUACAGUACUUCGUCACCUUAGCAUACACAUCUGUUGUGUUUACUCACACAAGAAUGUGUAUAAUCAAAAUCUGAUUGUAACAUUGGUGGUAUUUGUGGGUUUUUGUGUUUAUAUUUGAAUAAAACCAAACCAUUAAUUGAAAUAAUUUUGGCACGGCGUCUUGUGGAAACUGCAGGAUUGGACCUUUUUUUUCCACCAAUUUCAAGCGCUAGAUCAUGACUAUAACAGGAAAAACACAAUUUGAUUCCUGGGAGCAGUUUACAAAUAAAAGUUAAAAGACAUCUAAAGUAACAUGCAUAUAUUUGCUGAUCUGAACGAAUUCUUUCACAACAUUCUAAUCAAUUGAUCCAGAGUUAAACCCUAUCGAGCAUGCAUAAACCUGCACCAGCAAAUGCACUCUCAACAACAACAACAACAAAAUUGAAAUAAAUAAAUCAGUAACCUAAAGAGGCUGAUCCACAUGUCCAAUAUGUGGAAAUAAGUUCAGAAAUGAGGAUAAGCAGAAGGGAAGAGAAGUGAAUAUUAAUAUCUAGUCUCACAGUUGACUUUUGGGGGGGAGGUUGGGGAUAAGUAAUUGGACUCAUUGUUGUAAUACCCUUGAAGGAGAGUGUAUUUCUUUUUUUCACAUUUUGAAAAUACUGAUAGCUGUGAUUUUGGGAGGUCUGAUCUGAAAUACCAGGACACUCUUUUGCGGUAAGUGUAAUCGCAAACCCUCAACUAAAAUCAAACUGUUUUCAUUUAGAUUUCAAUACUGAGAUUAGGAAGGUGCUUAGAGGGCUACGAAUAAUUUUCAUCGUAGUGUUUUAUCCACUGAACUCUGUAAUUGAUCCUGCGUCCACACUAUUUUAUUUACUGUACUGUAAUCUUUAUGGGGAAUAAUACCGCUGUGGCCCAAUAUGUAAAUCCAUCUGUGCAUUUUCUAUAGUUUAUCAUCAUUAAGGAGUAGCUUGUGUGCUGGAAUCUGUAUUACUUUCAGUAAAAUUCAACUUUAUCACCAAGGAUAUUUACACCUGCAUCUAUUUUGCAAAACUAACUUGACUAUGUUAUAAAUGAUUAUUUGCCCUCAUGAUUGUUUAUUAUGUUUAUAUUAGUAUUUAUUGUUACCAAUUAGGGUCACCUUUGAGCCUCAUUAGAAUAACGUGUGAAGUUUAAUGUUGUUUUGCAUACCCUUUUUGUAUGUUUGCCUUGGGGCACCUUACUGUGGUAUCACUUUUGGUCAUGCUCGUUUAAUGUUCACCUUGCAGGCUGGGAAACAUUGUUCAUAGCUUUACUGUAGCUCUGACCGAAAGUUUCUCUUCUGCACAGUCACUUCCUGUUUUUGUGUGUGUGUGUGUGUGUGUGUG